AUGGCUAAUCCAGGGAUUCAGGCGGGGGUUCUCCUUUCCUUUCUUUGUGCGAUGUUCCUGAUUGAGAUAACGGUCCAAACCAAUCCCCCCUGUCCAGUAAGUUACCUGGUCACCGUUCCGGCCAUUCUUAAAUCUGAAUCAAAGGAUAGAUUCUGUGUGAGCCUCACGGAUCCCGGCUCCCAGGUGUUGUUGAAGGUCAUUCUGAAGAGCAAGAAUAAACAAAAGGAAGUGUUUAAAAAAGGAACCAGCAACGCCUUCAACAAAUGCGUGAAAUUUAAGGUUCCUCAUGUGAACGGAGAAGAGGAGCAUCUGUUUGAAGUUACAGUAAAAGGCAACGAUUUUUAUUCUUAUGAUGCAACGCGUGUGUUGAUCAAGUCUUUUCAUCCAAAGACUUUGAUCCAAACGGAUAAACACAUCUACAACCAAGGAGAGGAAGUGAAAUUCAGAGCGCUGACUCUGGACCAUGAUUUGGAUCCGCUGCAUGUGACUUAUAACCAUAUUUGGAUCGAGGACCCUCACCAUAACAAGAUCGCGAAGUGGAAAGAUGAGGAAGUGGACAAGACGAUUCUACCGCUGUCUUACCAUUUGGGCGAUGGAGCCGUGGCGGGGUUAUACAGGAUUAAAGUGCAAUCAGGCAAAAAGAUAGAGUCUCAAAGCUUUAGAGUCCAGAAACAUGGUUCGACCAAAUUUAAAUUUGAAAUUCACGUACCCCAUGAAGUAAGUGUUGGGAAGGAAACCUUUCAGGUUAAAGUCUGUACAAAGUAUUACUAUGGAAGGCCGGCGGGUGGAGAUGCCACGGUGAAGGUCUGCAGGCCUCUGAGGAACCAGGACUCCUGCAGCUCGGCCCUUGUCCUCAAGGAUGACGUCAGCCUGACUUCUCUGUGCAAGACCAGACAAAAGCAGACGUGUGACAAAGGCUGCGCCACCUUCAUCCUGAAAAUGUCCAAUUUCCUCAGACCUGACACUAAGCAUUUGCUGGACGUGCUGGAUGUGAAGGUCACACUUAAGGACAAAGAGACAUGUCUUUCGCACACACAGUGGGAGAGGAUUCGAAUAAGCUACAUUAUUGGAAAGUUGUCUUUCCAGAAUGUCCCCCCGGUCUACUCUCGAGACACAGAUUUAGAGGGACAAGUCCGGGCUUUGGACGUCCACGGCAAUCCCGUCCCUAACCUGAAAGUAUAUUUGUUCGAGCUAAAACACGGGGCACCGUGUAUUGUGCAGACUCUCACAACGGAUGAACAUGGAAUUGCAUACUUUGCUCUUCCCACUGAGAAACAAAUAGGGCCAAUCCAUCUCUUUGCGAGCAGCCUAGACACGCUGGAGCCCGGCCAACAUGUAGGUGCUUACUAUGAAGUUGCAAAGGUCAAAGUGGAUGUGCCCGGUCCUGGUCCUGAAACCUGCGGGUUUCUCAAGGUUCUACCAAUUGAACGGAAACUUGUGUGCUCCAGCAUGGAAGAUUUUACCGUCCAGUACAGUCUAAGUCAACAAAUUUCAGAGAACAUCAAAAUAAUUUAUCUGGUACUAUCCAGAGGUGAAAUUGUUCACGAAGGCGAAGAGGAGCUAACCUACAGCUCAGGAGUGAUUCAGGGGAAUUUCACAAUCACUUUUAGAGUGAAGCCACAAUACGCGCCUAAAAUCCACAUUGUCGUGUACACCAUCCUGGAUUGUGUGAGAGUUCUCGCCCACAGCGAAAGCUUUGACACCCAGCACUGCUUUGAGAAUUCGGUGCAUCCAAAGUUUCAUCCAUCCCCAGUCACCCAUGAUCAGAACGUUGAGUUUUGCGUUAAGGCCAACCAACAUUCAGUAUGUGGAGUAAAAAUCAUAGAUGCGCUCACGAAGAGAGAUGGAAAGACUCUGAGCAAAGAACAGAUAUUUGCUAUUCUACCCGAGAUAAAAGGCUCUCCCGUUCCUCCUGAGCUUCAGGAUCAUUCAGACUGCGUGGAGGUGCUUCCAAGGAGUUAUUAUGCUGUUUCUACCAACCAGGAUGGAGCAGAUGCACAAACCGUUUUCAACGAAAAAGGACUACAAGUGUUAACAAACAGGCACAUCAAGAGACCCACAUGCCUCAAACUGGGAGGGAUAAAAUACAAGCAAGCUUUGUUAGGAAGAUACAUCCAUCCCAAGGAACCAGAAAUAAAGGAAAUGGAACUUCCCGCUCCUGGAAGGCUUUCCUACAGCUGCAAAGAUGAGGAGUUUGAGCCGGACUAUGAGCCUUCAGGCAAGACUUGGCUGUUUGAUCUGAUCAACCUUGGAGAUAAUAGGGAAUCCUGUCUGUCCCUCACCGUCCCAAAUUCCAUCACCUCCUGGACAGCAAGUGUCUUCUGUGUUAAUCCUCACGCAUUCGGUUUGAGUCCUCCUAAAGAUCUCAACAUCCUUCCAAAGUACAUUCUGGAUUUCAGGCUUCCUGACUCCAUGAUCCAAGGCGAGAGCCUGAAGCUGAAUGCCAUCAUCAUAAACAAGCAGAACGUCCCUCUCAUGGUCAAAGUGACUGCAGAAGUAUCCACAGAUUACACCCUCAUAGCCAAGUCUGCUGAGCUGUCUACACUGUGCUUGUGCGGCAACGACUUUAAGAUCCUUGAAUGGACCAUGACUCCAAAACACACCGGGACGAUCUCGGUCACCCUGAAAGCUGAGCCGCUGUCUUCCAAGGCGACCUGUUGCCAUCAGCAUGUGACAGUGCCAGAAAAUGCAGCCAGUGUUGUUGUUACAAGAUCUCUGGAAGUAAAGGCUGGAGGACAGGAGGUGAUAAAGACAACCAGCUGGCUGCUUUGUCCAAAAGGACAUUAUGUUAAUAAAGCGGUGGAGAUUGACAUCCCCAACUCUGUGAUUGGUGGAAGUCUGAGCGCUCACGUCUCCGUUUCAGGGCACGUCCUCGGCUGGCUUCUGCACAACCUUCACAAUCAGGAACAUCUGCUAAAUGGUUGCGGGGAGCAGAACAUAGCCUACAUGGAGAUCUAUGCUAACCUCUUGCAUUACUUGCAAAGCACCCACCAGCUGAGUAACGAAAUUGAGACCAAAGGGCUCAAGCUCCUGACUCAAGGCAAGUCUGAACCACCACAGGGAGAAAGAGGGAAAAUUAUUCCAGUUAAUUAUUUUAGACGGAGCCUUGAAUGA